CGCGGCGUAAAAAGUCGAGCAGAAGCAGCCCUUGGUCGGCCGGGAGGCGACCGGGCAGCUGCCGAGAACUGCACGACCAAGCCCCAGAACAGCGGGCAGCGAAAACACCGCAGCCGCAGGGGCCCGAGGCUGCCCCAGCACCGCGAGGCCGACCAUGGCGGACACGAAGAGCCUCCUGAAGGCCUCGCUGACGACGCGACGGGCGCGGGAGCUGGGCGAUGCCGCUCAUCUCGCGGGGACGUCCAUGAGCGAUACCAAAACGAAGGGUUUGGUCAGAGACAAGGCGAGGGCCGACGCCAAGUCCGAGCUGUUACAAUCGCUCGAGACGACGCCGGUCAAGGAGAUCGUCGGGCCGCUCGGCGGCUUUGUCGUUGAUCCAGAACCGUCGCCGACGGCGCCCGACAUUUUACAUUCUUCCGCGUUCGCGGCCACCUCUCAUGUGAGAGACAAGAAAGCGAGACCGUUCGCCGGCGUCUCCACCAACAAAGCGAGACUAGCUGAGGUGGCUUCUUCGUACGUGGCACCUACCGACAGAAUAGGCAAGCUCUACACGCCGACGGCCCAGCAUCUAACGAUGAAAGAUGCCGUACGAGUCAGCAAGUGGAAGAGCGAAGCGGAGAAGCUGGGCGCCCUGUGUGAAGAUCCCUUGAGGGUCCGAGAACGCAACGCCCAGAAGAACGCCGAGACCUUGCCGGCGUGGCUCCUGCCCGACUGGGCGCAACAGACGCUCCGAGACAAGGCGCGCUCCGACAAGCUCGCUCGCAAAUCUCGCAUAGCUCCUGUUGGUUAUAAAGCGCAAGAGCAGGCCGCUUUAUUUCUUGAGGAGACCGCGUCUCGCACAGAUUAUACCUCUGUGGGUAGCAUUACGCAGAUGGAGAGGGCUGGUGAGAUAGAUGCGCAGGAAGCUACUCAAAAGCGCAAAGAGCGGAAGGACGACGCUCGAGUACGUAGACGGGACGCGCGCGGCGAGACGCUCGACACCGUCGACGCCGCCGUGGGCAAGGCGCCCCUGCAGUGGGACCCGGAAAAAUGGGAACCCGGAAAAGGUACGAAGAAGGCUCCUCGUGUUGUGGAGGAGUCGCCCGUCAAGCAAGCAGAGAAGUACCAAGUGUGUGUCGAGAACUACUGGGGUAGGGUUCGGACACUCACGCAGCGAGGGGCAGCUCAUGCGGCGGGCGCGGGGACUCGCAGACCUAUCGCUAACUUACCAGAUUCUUGGUUGGGUGGCAUCGCCGGAAGAGUAGCCCCGCCCGCCUCGCUGUUGAAGGAGCGAGCUCGCGUCCUGAAAGCACGUAAAGUAAGUGACACAGUGACGAGCGACGCCGUCGACGCAUUGGCCGACGCGGAGCCGGAGCCCUGGUCCGUCCAGGCCGUCGAGCGGGCGGAAGCCGUCGCCGACGACGCCUUGGCCGAGACGAAGCUCGCCUUCUCCGACGGCGUGGCCCGGAGCAUGGUCGAGUACGAAUUGCGCGACGGCGACGUCUGCCAGAUGCACGCCAUCGAUCCUUCACGCUUAAAAGCGGCGCCGAAGUGGUGGACCUCCGAUUUCUAUAGGACGAACAAAUGGGUCGUGCUGCGAGAUACGGGCGUGUCUCGCCGCUCGGUGCAUGUGGCCAAACAUCAUGCUGUGGAUCGUUUACGGAUUGUGGAUCGGGUCAUGUACGAUUUACAUGAAGCUUGGUUAUUACCUAGAAGAGCUCGAGAACGAGCUUCUGCAGCCCGGUCGAUCUCGACUUCUGUCAGUAGUCAACCUACCAAACCGCCCUUCUCGAGAGUGUUGCUGACCGAUGUAGCUACCGAUCAGUUCCGGAAGCGUUUACCUAUGAGUCUGGAUGACUUUUGCAAGCACGUCGACGGCCGGGCGAACGCGGUGCGGAACGCUCUCUCGGAAGAGUGGGUCCCGGCCUGCGCGUCGUUGCUCGCCGCUCACUUGGACGAGGGUGCUCCGCAAACCGAUGACAUGUCCAAGCUCGGCGAGCAGGUGAAGCAGUGGUGGGUAACGCCCUACGAGGGUCCCGAUGUCUUAGAUGGCUCGCUAGCCGGCGACAAGGCGGCCGACGCCUUCGACCGCUGGUUCGUGCGGACCUACGGGCCUGAUGGGCUUGGGAGGCCCGACCAUCGGCCCAAAGAGGCCAAACCACCGUCACCUACAAGGAUGCGGGCGCAGAGAUACAGAGAAGAUACCGUUUUAGAUUGCGCCAACAUGCUCAUGUCCACUCAGUUAAGAUCUCUCGUGGAAGAGUCGCUGGACAUGUUCGCGUCGUUCUUAGAACGGCACGACACGGACGAGACGCGUAUUUCGUUGGAGGCGGCGCUCGAGCUCAAGUUGGUGGUGGCCGAGGAGGGCGUCGUCGCGCUGGAGCCCAGUCUCUCUGUAUUAGAGGAGAGGCUUUGUCGGUGCAUCGACCGGUGUGUCCUAGCUUCUAGGGACUUCCCCUGCGUGGACCAGGAGAAUCUGCGGCCGCCGCCGGACGAAGGGCCCAAGCUCAUGAGCGUUUUGGGCGACGACGAGGCGUCCGUCGCGUCGGUGGACUCGCUUGGUGCGGCGCCGGCCCCGGCACCGGCGCCGCCGCCCAAGAAGUUCCUCGGGCCCGCGACUGCAUCCUUAACAGAUGAAAUCGUCGAGGCCAUCAAGACUCGGGUGCGAGAGUGUUUGCGGAGGCGCUUCGAGACGCCGCAGUCGUUGGUGCCGAGAUUUGCUGAAUAUAAACCUCUGGUCGAUAGAACUCUAUAUCAGGAGGUCGUGAAAUUGAUCGAAGUCCACCGGAGGGACCCGGAAGAUAAAGGCGACGCGGGCCGCAUGGACGACAUUGAGGAGGGCGCGACGGCCGAUGCCAUGCAAGCCUUGACCAAAAAGGCCAAAGAACUACGAACGCUAGCUGCUUCCAUACGUGCGACGACUCUGGACGUCGAAGACGCUCCCUUGUUCCGAGUGCUAUGCCUCGAGUGCAAAGAGGUCCUAGCCACAAAGGCCGAGACGCUCUGUAAAUUGAUCAACGACGCCGUCGCGUGCGACAAUCGCGACCACAUGCGCGACGCUAAUAGGCGCUACCAGCGUAUUGCGGAUAAGCUCGUCGAGGAGCCGACGUCGUCGGAGGAGCUCGGGCAGCUGAAGGAGUUCGCCGAAGAGGCACGCUCUCGGCGUUUUGAAGUGUUGCGGCGCCUUCACUUCAUUGUCAUGAGUCGUCUCCACGAGAGAAUGGUUUCUUUUCCGAGUUUGAGGCCAUUCCGAGACCGCGACGCCCCGCGCAGGCCACGACGCUCCUCGAACACUUGGAGUUCGAAUACCGCGAGGAGAUUUAUCAAAGACAGAAGUUUUUACUGGCCCAGGACCACAAGCUGAGCAAGGAGGACAUGCAGCUCUGUGCGGAGACGUACAACUGGCCGGGGGACAUGGCGUCGUUCCUGAAGCGGUCCGAGGACCUGCAAAAUGCUCGUACCAAUCAUUUGAAGGCCGUGGUCGAGGGCAAGAACGACGCUCUUGGUCGCGAUGUCGAAAGGCUCGAGAAGAUGAUCGAAGCAUUGGCGGAAGAAAAUUCCCUCGCGCCGGGGAACAUUCCGACGGUCACGAAGCGCGUCAACGCUUUGAGGGACGGCUUGGAAAAGGCCACGGAGGAGUGCGAGGACAUCCUCGCCCAGGAAGAAGUGCUGGAAAUGGAGGGCACGGACUUCGAGGAACGCCUCAAGUGCGGAUCGCGGCGUCCCUUCACGCCGUCGACGCGCGUCGUCUCUCGGAGAGGAGGCUUGAGCGCGUUUCGAGGUCGCGACGCGACGUGUCACACACAGGUCCUGCACCAAAGAAUUCGGCCCCCUCGACAAGCUCUGGACCUGCGCCAAGGAGUGGGUCGAGCAGUCCCACGCCUGGCACGAGCUACCUUUACCGCAAGUGGAUGCGGAGGCGGCCGCGUCGAAAGCUGGAGAAUUCGGCAGUCAGCUAGCGAGAGUCAGUAAAGUACUGGAGAAGAAGGGAGAGUCAAGAGAGAACGCCGCGCGGUGCUGCAAGCUCCUCCUCCAGGAGACGAAAUCCUUCGAGGACGACGAGGCACCACUAAUGCUCUUGGUCUGCGAGCCAGGAAUGAAAAGUAGACACUGGGAGGAGAUUAAAAGUACGACAAAACUGGAGUUUAGCGUGACGAGCGGCAUGAACAUGAUGCAGCUCAUGGACAUCGGUUUGAACCACUACGUGCACCUCAUCGAAGGUGCUGACUCGGCGUGAAAAAUGAACUUGAACUUGAUCUGGGGGAGGCGAUGGCGUCUUCAUGAUCACCAGAGCGCCCACGCGCCUCGUGAGAGCGUCGCGGCCGUGUCGCGACAGUGUCGUUCCCACACAGACACGUGCGUCGCCGCGUCGAAGGAAGCGGCCCUCGAGAAGGCUCUGUCGAAGAUGGAGCUGAACUGGGCCGACGCCGAGUUCGGCACGAAGGAGUGGCGCACCGGGCGUAUUUUAGCUGGGAUCGACGAAAUUCAACAGGAGCUCGACGACCAGAUCGUCAAGACGCAGGCCAUGCACGGGAGCCGCUACGUCAAGCCCUUCCUUUCGAGGGUGGACGCCUGGGAACAUACUUUGACUUCGUUGCAAGAUAUAAUAGACAACUGGCUCAAGGUGCAAGCCGCGUGGUUGUACCUCGAACCUAUAUUUAGUUCGGAUGAUAUCACGCGCCAGCUACCCACCGAGUCGUCGAUGUUCACCGUCGUCAACGGCGUCUGGAUCGAGUCCAUGGCCGAGACGGCGCGGGAGCCUGCUGUUCUUUCUGUCGCUAGAAGAGAGGGCUUGUUAGACCAAUUAACCGAUGCCAACGAGAAGCUCGACGUGAUCCAGAAGGGGCUGUCCGACUACCUCGAAACGAAGAGACUAGCCUUUCCCAGAUUCUUCUUCCUGUCCAACGACGAGCUCCUAGAAAUCCUCGCCGAGACGAAGGACCCGACAAAAGUCCAGCCCCACAUGAAGAAGUGCUUCGACGGGAUUGCGCACCUGGACUUUGAUCCGGAUUUGAACAUCCUCGCGGCGUUAGAUGCCCCACCUCCAAAGGGCGAGAGGUUAGAAUUCACGUAUGACCAGUGCGACCACAAGAUGAUCAAUCCCAAGGAUAGCGGCGGCAACGUCGAGAAGUGGCUCGUCGAGGUCGAGACGAUCAUGAAGAAGUCGCUGGCGCUGUCCAUCGAUCUAGCGACUGACGAGUUCUUCAAAAUUGAACGGAGGCAGUGGCUCCGGAACUGGCCGGGCCAGACGAUCUUGACGGUGAACCAGAUCACCUGGGUCAUGGCCAUGGAGGCGGCGAUCGAGAACGGCGGCGGGCCGGCCAUCGCCGCGGUUCUGUCGCAACGAGUCGAGGAGUUGCUCGACGUUGUUGAUACGGUGCGAGGCGACAUCCCCAAACUACUGCGAGGUACGCUCGGCGGAUUAGUUGUGAUGGACGUGCACAACCGCGACAUCACGGAGUGGCUGUCGAAGACUAGUAUUAAUACGGUCAGCGAGUUCGACUGGCAGGCGCAGCUGCGCUACUACUGGGACAACGACGGUGUUUCCUCCCAGACAGGAAAACCGGAGACGAUCCCCUGCCGCAUGAUCAACGCCAUGAUCUUGUAUGCCUACGAGUACAUGGGCAACUGCGGGCGGUUAGUGAUCACGCCCUUGACGGAUAGAUGUUAUCGCACGCUCAUGGGCGCUAUUCAUCUCAACUUGGGCGGCGCGCCGGAGGGCCCGGCGGGCACGGGCAAGACGGAGACGACCAAAGACCUGGGCAAAGCCAUCGCCAUCCAAUGUGUGGUCACGAACUGUUCCGACGGCCUCGACUACAAGGCGAUGGCCAAGUUCUUCAAGGGUCUUGCUGCUUCCGGUGCCUGGGCUUGUUUUGAUGAGUUCAACCGUAUUAUCUUGGAAGUGUUGUCCGUCGUGGCGCAGCAGGUCUUAACUAUCCAACAGGCCAAAGCGCGCAAGGCCGAGCGGUUCAUGUUCGAGGGCACGGAUCUACCGUUAAGGAUGACGUGCUGCCCGUUCAUCACGAUGAAUCCCGGCUAUGCGGGACGUGCGGAGUUACCCGAUAACUUGAAAGUACUCUUCAGGACGGUGGCGAUGAUGGUGCCCGACUACGCGAUGAUCGGCGAGAUCAUCCUGUACAGCAUGGGCUACACCGAUGCGAAAGCCAUGGCCGUGAAGAUCGUGACGACGUAUAAACUGUGUAGCGAGCAGCUAUCGGCCCAAUCGCACUACGAUUAUGGCAUGCGCGCCGUCAUCGCGGUGCUGCGCGCCUCGGGCAACCUCAAAAGAUCCGAGGGCCACCUCCCGGAGGACAUCUUGGUUUUAAGAGCCAUCAUCGACGUGAACGCGCCGAAAUUCCUGGCCCCCGACGUCCCGCUCUUCAACGGCAUCACGUCUGAUUUAUUCCCGGGCGUCGUUUUACCGGUACCAGACAGGAAGGCCAUGCAAGCGAAAUCGGGCGAGUCGUGCGUCGAACGAAACCUACGACUCACGGACUACUUCUGGGGCAAGAUCGUGCAGAUCUACGACAUGAUGGUCGUGCGGCACGGCUUCAUGAUCGUCGGCGCUCCAUUUUCUGGUAAAACCUCGGCUUAUAGGGUGCUAGCUGAUGCGCUGUCGAAGCUCCACGCCGAGUACCCGAAGGACAACCGGUGGACGGACGUCGUGCCCUUUGUCAUGAAUCCCAAAUCGGUGACGAUGGGCCAGCUCUACGGGUGCUUCGACCCCGUCUCGCACGAGUGGACGGACGGCGUGCUCGCGAUUCAGUACCGGAACGCGGCGCAGUCGAAGGUCGGGAAACCGGAGGACCGGAAGUGGGUGCUGCUCGACGGGCCGGUGGACGCGAUCUGGAUCGAGAACAUGAACACGGUGCUCGACGACAACAAGAAGCUCUGUUUGAUGAGCGGCGAGAUCAUCGCCAUGUCCGACGUCAUGAGCAUGAUCUUCGAGCCCAUGGACUUACUCGUGGCCUCGCCAGCGACAGUCUCCCGGUGCGGCAUGGUCUACAUGGAGCCCGAGCAGCUCGGGUUGCGGCCGCUCUGGGAGUCCUGGGUUUGUGGCUGGACGGUAGGUGGCUACUACCAGCAGAAGCACAAAGAAGAUAAAGGGGACGAGCCGCCGCCCUUUGAACUCAAGGAGGAAGAACAGGUCCACCUGACUGCGUUGUACGACUGGCUCGUCGAGCCGUCCAUGGCCUGUCUGAGGAGGAACUGCAAAGAAAUGUCGCCGACGGGCGAUGCUAAUCUCCUGACGUCGUUACUAGGACUACUGAGGUGCCUAUUAACGGCAGCGAUCCCGGGACCCCACGACGCCGAUGUGGAAGAAGGCGGCUCGCGCCAGAAGCAGCUCGAGUGCUGCUUCCUGUUCGCCUUGUUCUGGUCCACCGGAUGCACGUCCGACGCCGCGGGACGAGCCAAAUAUUCAUUAUUCGUGCGCGAAGUGAUGGAAAACGUCGACGUGAUCGACGAAAAGUACCAAGGCGUCGCGACGGCGCUGGCCGUGCGGAAGUGGGUCAAGCCGACCUAUGAGGACGCUACGCAAUUCCAAGGUUCGGUCGAGUGCCCGCCGCCGGACGCGGGUGACCUGCAGGACUGGUGCUACGACCCGAGGAAGGGCGCGUGGGUCAACUGGGUCGACACGCUCGAGAAGUUCACGAUCGCCGAGGACGCGGAGUUUUCGACGAUCAUGGUGCCGACCGGGUACACGGCGCAGCUGUCGUACAUGUGCCAAACCUUGGUAACGCACGGUCUCCGACCGUUGGUUUGCGGCCCCACGGGUACGGGUAAAUCCGUCUCCGUCGUGAAAUGCGUCACGUCCGACCUCGACCAGUCGAAAUAUAAACCGAUCCAGCUCGGCUUCUCGGCCAAGACGAGUGCCCACAUGACCCAGGAUAUUAUCGACGGCAACCUCGGGAAGAGGAGGAAGGGCAUGUUCGGCCCGCCCAUGGGAACCGUGGGAAUCAUCUUUGUGGACGACGUGAACAUGCCCGAGGUCGAGACCUACGGCGCCCAGCCGCCGAUUGAAUUGUUGAGGCAGCUCGUCGACUGCGGCGGCUACUACGAUUUGAAGGAGAAGUCCUGGGUCCGCAUCGUCGACACGGUCAUGGCCUGCGCCAUGGGGCCUCCUGGUGGGGGGCGUAAUGGGACUACGCCUCGCUUCCUGAGACAUUUCCAUCUGUUAUGUGUGGAUAGCUUCGACGACGACACGCUGACACUUAUCUUCUCUACUAUCGUCAAGGGCUACUUCAAGCGUGGGUACUCUGGUGACGUUUCUCAGCAGGCCGGGAAUGUAGUCCAAGCAACGAUGCGCACGUAUCGCGAGGCCAUGAAGGGGCUGCUGCCGACGCCCUCGAAGUCCCACUACACGUUUAACUUGCGAGACUUCUCGCGCGUCGUCCAAGGGGUUCUAUUGCAAGAACCCUCGGAUCAGUUCCAGAACAAGCCGUCGGUCAUGCGGCUCUGGACCCAUGAAGCAUUAAGAGUCUUCGGUGACCGAUUAACCGACGACACGGAUCGCCAGUGGAUGUGCGACCACUGUUCGGCGAUGUGCAAGGAGGUUUUUAAAUGUGACUUCCAGAGCGAAUUCGACCACAUCCGGCCGGCGGACGAGACAGAGACGGGGUAUGGUACUCUACGCCGCCUCUUCUGGGGCGACUACAUGACUCCCGCCGACGAGGACGAGCGGCCCUACGCCGAGGUGCCCGACCUCCAGCAACUCCAGGAGCGCACGGAGGAAGCCCUGAGCGACUUCAAUUCCGCCAGUAAAAAACCGAUGGAGCUCGUCAUGUUCAUGUUCGCCAUCGAGCACGUCAGUCGCAUCGCUCGCGUCCUCAGGAUGCCCGGUGGUAACGCUUUAUUAGUUGGUGUCGGUGGUUCGGGCAGACAAAGUCUCAGUAUCUUAGCUACGGAGAUGGCCGGCUAUCAACUCUUCAGAAUAGAAAUCACGAAGUCCUACGGCAUGACGGAGUGGCGCGAAGAUCUCAAAACUGUAUUGAUUGAAGCUGGCGCUGGUGAUCGACCGUUAGUAUUCUUGUUUAGCGAUACGCAGAUCUCGAUGGAAUCUUUCGUAGAGGACAUAAAUAACAUGUUAAACGCCGGAGAAGUACCUAAUAUAUUUCCCUCGGACGAGCGUGUCGCGAUCUGUGAAAAAGUCCGGCCCUUCGCGAAGGAGCAGUUCGGGCGCGCCGCGGGCGACAUGUCGCCGUUGCAGCUGUAUGCGUACUUCAUCCAGCGGGUCAAACAGUACUUGCAUAUUAUUCUGGCCUUCUCGCCGAUUGGGUCGGCGUUUAGGGAUCGCCUGCGGUUGUUCCCUUCUCUCGUAAAUUGCUGUGCCAUCGACUGGUUCACGGCGUGGCCGGGAGAUGCCCUGUUAGCUGUGGCAGAAAAGUUCUUGAAGGAAGUGAAAUUGGACGACGAGGUAAGGCCAGCGAUAGUGGACAUGUGCAUGACCUUCCACACGAACGCCCACGACCUUGCUGCGGAGUUUUUGUCCGAACAGGGUCGGAUCACGUACGUCACGCCUACGUCAUACUUGGAAUUGAUCGUAGCAUUCAAGCUAGCUCUAGCUGAGCAGCGCGAAAAGAUCACGGCGGGCAAGGACCGGUACCAGAACGGCCUCAAGCAGCUCGCGGGUGCCGAGGACAACGUCGCGACGAUGCAGGUCGAGCUCACGGAUCUCCAACCGGUUUUAGCGGAAGCCCAGGUCGCGACCGACAAGCUCAUGGAGGAGAUCGAGGCGAAAUUGCCCGGGGUAAGAGAGCAAGAAGAAGUGGUAGGUGCGGAGGCGGCCGUCGCGCAGAAGGAAGCGGAUACGGUACAGAUCGAAGUGGACUCCGUGCAGGCCGAUUUGGACGAGGCGCUGCCGGCGUUAGAAAGUGCGGUCCAGGCCUUGAACACGAUCAACGACAAAGAUAUCGAUGCGGUCCGUAAGUUGUCCAAGCCGCCCGCUACCGUAAAACUGGUGGCGGAAGGCGUCUGCGUCAUGCUCGGCGAGAAGCCCGUGAAGAUCCCCGACCCCGACGAUAGCUCAAAGAAGAUCAUGGACUACUGGGCGCCCUCACAAAAAAUGAUGGGCGACAAGGGCUUCAUCCCUCGCCUGAAAGAGUAUGAUAAGGACAACAUCUCCCCAAAAAUCAUGAAGACCAUAAGGACGACCUACAUGCCCAACGAGAAGUUCAACGCCGAAUCCGCCGCGAAGGCGUCGUCGGCGGCCGCGGGCCUCUGCAAGUGGGUCCUGGCCAUGGAGUGCUACGAUCGGGUGGCCAAGGUCGUCGCGCCGAAGAAGGAAGCUUUGGAGAAGACGCAGGCGGCUCUGGCCAUUACGAUGGGUGAGCUCAACAAGAAGAAGGCGUCGUUGAAGGUGGUCCAGGACGAUUUGGCCGCUCUCCAAGCCAACUUAGCUGGAGCGGAGAAGAAGAAGAAGGACCUGUUGGACCAGGUCGAUCUCUGUGGCAAGAAAUUGGUCCGGGCGAAACAACUCAUUGAAAGUUUGGGUGGCGAGAAGACGAAGUGGGGCAUCUUCGUCGAGGAGCUCGACGCGGCCUACAUCAACCUGACGGGUGACGUACUUGUAUCUGCCGGUCUGAUGGCCUACUUGGGGCCGUUCACCUCGACCUUCCGCAUGCGCCAGAUGGCGACGUGGAUCGAGACCUGCAAGAAGCUGUCCAUUCCCUCGUCCGAGAAGCCUACCUUGAUAAACACGCUGGGCGACCCCGUGAAGAUAAGGCAAUGGAACAUCGAAGGGUUACCUACUGAUGAUUUCAGUGUAGAGAACGCCAUCACGAUCUUCGCGGCGCGACGGUGGCCGCUCAUGAUCGACCCUCAAGGGCAAGCGAACAAGUGGAUCCGCCAGAUGGAGGCUCCCAAUAAAUUGAACGUGCUGAAGAUGUCGGGCGAGUAUAUGAGAAAUAUGGAAUCAGCCAUACAGUUUGGUUUUCCUGUUUUACUGGAAGACGUCGGCGAGGUCCUCGACGCGACGCUAGAGCCGCUACUCCUAAAGCAGAUCUUCAAGCAAGGUGGGGUGGAUUGUAUCCGACUCGGCGACGCGACGAUCGAAUACAGCGAGAUGUUCCGCUUCUACAUCUGUACCAAAUUGCGGAACCCGCACUACGUGCCGGAGAUUAGCGUCAAGGUGACGCUGUUGAACUUCAUGAUCACGCCGCAGGGUCUCCAGGACCAGCUUCUUGGUGUUGUUGUCGCUCGCGAGCGAGCGGAUCUCGAGGAGAAGAAGAACGAGCUCGUGCUGGAAGGCGCCGAGAACAAACGCAAGCUCAAGGAGAUCGAGGAUCAAAUUUUAGAGAUCCUGUCGGGAGAAGGCAACAUCCUCGAGAACGAGACGGCCAUCGUGACGCUGAAUCAAUCCAAGGUCACGUCCGACGACAUCAAGGCCAAGCAGGCCGUCGCGGAGAAGACCGAGGUCGAGAUCGACAACGUCCGGAAAGGCUAUACCUCGGUCGCGUACUCGACGCAAGUCUUGUUCUUCUGCAUCGCGUGCCUCGAGAACAUCGAGCCCGUCUACUCCUACUCCCUAGACUGGUUCAUCAACCUGUUCGUGGCGUCCAUCAAAAACAGCGAACCUGCUAGUGAUGUACCUACUAGAUUGGACAACUUGUACAACCACUUCAUCUAUUCGUUAUACAAGAACAUCUGUCGAUCUUUAUUAGAGAAGGACAAGUUACUCUUCUCCUUCGUGCUAACGAUACGUAUCUUGCAAGGUAAGAAUGAACUCGAUGACGCCGAGUGGCUCUUUUUCCUGACGGGCGGCGUUUCUCUGGACAACAAGCACGAGAAUCCCGCCGAGGACUGGUUAGCAACGAAAUUAUGGAACGAGAUCUGUUUACUAGACGAUAUACCAGCCUUCAAGGGUCUCAGGGAGCACGUCGACCGGACGCCGCACCAGUGGCGGACGCUGUAUGAUUCGACGGAUCCCCAGGAGGAGCCCUUGCCUGGUAGAUGGGAUAAAUUAGAAGGCUUGAAGAGGUUGUGUAUCUUGAGGUGUAUUAGGCCGGACAAGGUCGUGCUGGGCGUGCAGAAGUUUGUCAUAGCAGCGAUGGGCGAGAAGUUCGUGCGGCCGCCGCCCUUCGACCUCCAGGCGUGUUAUGAUGAAUCUUCUUGUGUGCAACCUCUCGUGUUCGUCUUGGCUCCUGGGAGUGAUCCGAUGGGUUCGGUCCUCGAAGCGGCCGAAGCGAUUGGGAGGGAGGUCGGUCCGAUUUCUCUCGGACAGGGCCAAGGACCGGUAGCGGAAGCUUUGAUAGAAAAAUCGCGCAAGGAAGGCUCCUGGGUCGUUCUGCAGAACUGCCACUUGGCGGAGUCGUUCAUGACCCGCUUCGAGGAGAUCUGCGAUAAAUUGGCCGAACCGCGGCCGCACGAGAACUUCCGGUUGUGGUGCACGACGUGCCCGUCGCCCAUCUUCCCGACGGCGGUCCUCCAGAACGGCAUCAAGAUGGCCAUCGAACCGCCGAAGGGUUUGCGGGCGAACUUGGUUGGUUCCUAUUCCGCGGCGCCGAUCGCGAACCCGGGAUACUUGGAGAGCAAUUCUAAACCCGAAAAGUUCCGGAAACUCUGCUAUUCGCUGUGUAUCUUCCACGCUUUGUUGCAGGAACGACGGUUGUACGGCCCCCUGGGCUGGAACAUCCCCUACGGCUUCAACGAGUCGGACAUGCUCAUCUCGCUGCAGCAGUUGUUCGCGUUCCUGGAGGAGAACGAGGAGACACCGUUUAAAGCUUUGAAAUACUGCAUUGGGGAGUGCAACUACGGCGGGCGCGUGACCGACGGGAAGGACCGGAUCACGCUCAACAGCAUCAUGGAGCGGUUUUUCAACGAAGACGUGCUCGAGACGGGCUACAAGAUGUCUGAUAGUGGAACGUAUUCCAUCCCCGCCGCCGAAACGCGGGAACAAUUCCUGGAGGUCAUCGAGGGCCUGCCUUUAGUGGCCCCCCCGGAAAUCUUCGGCUUCCACGAGAACGCGAACAUCACCAAGGACACGAAGGAGACGAACGCCAUGUUCGCGACCUGUUUGCUCUGUGAAGGUGGGGGUGGUGGCGGUGGCUCCGGUGAUAAAGACGCUACUAUAGCGACUACAGCAGGGGACAUCAAAGAGAAGCUCCCCGCGGCGUACGACAUGGAGCAAGCAGCUAUAUCUUACCCAGUACUGUGGGAGCAAAGCAUGAACACGGUGCUCUGCCAAGAAUUAGCGCGAUUCAACAACCUGACGAACGCGAUGAAGAAGUCGCUGAUUGACGUCGAAAAAGCCGUGAGGGGUAUUGUAGUGAUGUCCGGGCCGCUCGAAGCUUUGGGCGACUCCUUGGUCUACGGCGCCAUCCCGGCCAUGUGGAAGGCCAAGUCCUAUCCUUCCUUUAAACCUUUAGCCGGCUACGUGACCGAUUUACUCGAGAGAUUGAAUUUCUUGAAUGAAUGGUUGUGCGAGAAGCCGCCUUCCACCUACUGGAUCUCGGCCUUCUUCUUCCAGCACGCCUUCAUGACGGCCUCGAAGCAGAACUAUUCUAGAGCCGAAACGAUUCCCAUCGACGCGAUUGGUCUGCAGUUCGAGAUGCUUCCCAGCAGUUCGUACGCGAAGCCGCCGGCAUUGGGCGUCUACGUCUACGGCUUCUUCUUCGAGGGCGCGCGCUGGGACAAGAAGCAGAAACGCAUCCUGGAGAGCGAGCCGAAAGUCCUGUUUACGACGGCGCCGCUCAUGUGGUUCCAGCCCAAAAGAACGGUGCAGAUCCGGCAUCCUCCCUCAUAUCUAUGCCCGGUCUACAAGACGGGCGAUAGAAGAGGGAUUUUGGCGACCACCGGACACAGCACAAAUUUUAUAUUGGACAUAAACGUGCCGAGCCGUGCGGAAAUCAACGUUACGGCGCCUUCACGCCGUCGUCAUGAUAUCGGAGAGGCUCGUUUCCUAGAAUCAUGGCGGUGGGUGGUCUUUUUUUCGAAUUUGAGUUGUUUUCGGGCGCGUCGGGGCCCGGACCAUGAGAGUACUGGUGAAAGGUCGAGAAUUCGUGCUGUGCGCCGAUGGGGCGCGGCCGGGGGGCUCCCGGCGUCGCGCCGACGGCGUUGGUGUGUCUUGGGACGCCUAUCCCGUGCCGUCGGCGGC